AUGUCGUCGUCGUUCGUGUGGGACCGAGACGUCUACAGCGGCGGCUUUGUCCAUGGCCAGCGCUACACGCUUGACCCGGCGUCGCAGCAUGUGCCGUUGAACGCGACGCAGAGAGCGCUGCGCCCGCCUCGACCCAUUGUCCCUGCCAACUACGAGACGUUCCUAGGACUGCCCUCGUACCGCGACGGCAACCGCUGCGGCUUCACGCUCUUCACAGCCUUGUCGCGCGCGUCACGCCCCGAGAACCUUGUGAUUGGUGUCGUCGAUCAAACCCGCGCCGGUGACGUCGCGUGCGUCGACGCGUACUGCAAACUCGCCGCCGCGCACUGGCCCACCGACACGACGUGCCGGUACCAAGAUCGCAUCCGCGUCGAUGCACAUGACGCGGCGGCGUCGACGGGUCCGAUCGCGGCGCGUGUGCGUCUCAACGCGCUCAUCCAAGACGAGGUCUUUUGCCUUUUGACCGAUGCCCACAUGCAGUUCCUGCCACACUGGGACGACGAACUCGUGGCCGACUGGACGCGCACCGAGAACGAGAUGGCAGUCCUCUCAGUCUACCCGCGCGGCUUUGAAUGGAUCGGGCCCAAUCUCACGCCGAAUGUGACGCAGACGCGUCACAUUUGCUACUUUGCCCACGCGACGCUGUCGACGGUGCCCGACUUUGGCGCGAUUCUGCUCGACAACUCAAACACGCCGCAGCUCGGCGCGGAUUGGCGCGGGCUUCCAACGCGCGUGGCCCUCGAUGCGCGUCUGCGCUGGGUCUUCCUCGGGGAGGAGCUCCUGCGCUCGAUGCAGCUCUGGACGCACGGCUACGACAUCUACUCACCAUCACGGCAAGGUCCCGUCGUCUUCCACGACGAGUCACGCAUCGGCCACAACGGCUCGUUUGAUGAAAAUGUGGUCGACCCCGACGCACAUGACACGGAGCGCGACUUGUCGAUGAAUCGUGUGCGCCAGCAGCUGCACUUGCCCGUGCUGGGCGAGGCGGACGAGACGGACCUGGACACAUACUACACACAAGACCUUGUUCGGUCUGUGGACGCCUACCUCGCGUUUGCGGGUAUUUCAAACGCGGAUCUCGCCAAGGACCACUGGCCCUGCGACCAGCUCCACUGGGUCCCGUACACCAACCCAGAGCCGAUCCACGCGCUCGUACCAGGCUACGCGACGGUCGACAUGCAGCGCAACAACGAUACUGCAUCGGUGUACUUUGUGGCUGGCGUGGUUGUCGUGGCACUUGCGGCGGCGGUGGGCGGCUGCGUGCGGCGCUGGCGCCGCCAAGCGGUAGCCUAUACCAGCGUGGUCACCGAGAGCGAUGACGAGACGAGGGCACUCAAACGGGUUUAA